UUAAACAUCAACUAUAAACAUACGGAGGGAGUAUUGAUGACUAAAAUUCUAAAAUCCAAAAUGAAAUUACAAAAUAAAUAAUAACUAUGAAGAAAGAGGCGAUCACGUUGCUUACAUAUCUUUCCUUUUCAAAAAGCAUUUUUUUAUUACAUUUAACGUGCUUCUCUUUCUUCUUCUCUAUAAAUGGCCAGCAUAAUUGUUCAUUUCUAAUGACCACAUAUAGUCUCUCCUCAACUCUCCAGAGAAGUUCUUAAUUUCUCCUGCCAAGCUGAUUAAGAGCUCUAGGAAAUGGCCGAACAACAACUAGGAGUGCUAAAGGCACUCGAUGUUGCGAAGACGCAACUUUAUCAUUUCACGGCGAUUGUCAUCGCCGGUAUGGGUUUCUUUACCGAUGCCUACGAUCUUUUUUGCGUGUCCUUGGUGACGAAACUCCUUGGCCGCAUCUACUAUUUCAAUCCGGAGUCAGCGAAGCCUGGCUCACUUCCCCCUCAUGUUGCGGCCGCGGUCAACGGUGUGGCCCUUUGUGGAACCCUUUCUGGUCAACUCUUCUUCGGUUGGCUCGGUGACAAACUCGGACGGAAAAAAGUGUACGGUCUCACUUUGGUAAUGAUGAUCUUGUGCUCUGUCGCUUCUGGUCUCUCUUUUGGCCACGAAGCCAAGGGUGUCAUGACCACCCUUUGCUUCUUCAGGUUUUGGUUGGGAUUUGGUAUUGGAGGUGACUACCCACUUUCUGCCACCAUCAUGUCUGAAUACGCAAACAAGAAGACCCGUGGGGCUUUCAUCGCAGCUGUCUUCGCCAUGCAAGGUGUCGGUAUCUUGGCUGGAGGUUUCGUGGCACUCGCAGUAUCUUCUAUAUUCGACAAAAAGUUCCCAGCUCCAACAUAUGCAGUAAACAGGGCCCUCUCAACGCCUCCUCAAGUUGACUACAUUUGGCGAAUCAUCGUCAUGUUUGGUGCUUUACCCGCAGCUUUGACUUACUACUGGCGUAUGAAGAUGCCUGAAACUGCCCGUUACACCGCUUUGGUUGCCAAGAACAUCAAACAAGCCACAGCCGACAUGUCCAAGGUCUUACAAACAGAUAUCGAGCUUGAGGAAAGGGUGGAGGAUGACGUCAAAGACCCCAAACAAAACUAUGGCUUGUUCUCCAAGGAAUUCCUUAGACGCCAUGGGCUUCAUCUCCUUGGAACUACCUCCACAUGGUUUUUGCUUGACAUUGCCUUCUACAGCCAAAACUUGUUCCAGAAGGAUAUUUUCUCGGCCAUCGGAUGGAUCCCAAAGGCAGCCACCAUGAACGCCACCCAUGAGGUUUUCAGGAUUGCUAGGGCUCAGACUCUUAUCGCCCUUUGCAGUACAGUCCCAGGCUACUGGUUCACAGUUGCGUUUAUUGAUACCAUUGGAAGGUUUAAGAUCCAACUAAAUGGAUUUUUCAUGAUGACCGUGUUUAUGUUUGCCAUUGCCUUCCCUUACAACCACUGGAUCAAACCAGAAAACCGUAUCGGAUUUGUGGUUAUGUACUCUCUUACUUUCUUCUUCGCCAAUUUUGGUCCAAAUGCAACCACUUUUAUUGUCCCUGCUGAGAUAUUCCCGGCCAGGCUAAGGUCUACAUGUCAUGGAAUAUCAGCCGCGGCUGGUAAGGCUGGAGCCAUUGUUGGAGCCUUUGGGUUCCUAUAUGCGGCUCAAUCACAAGACAAGGCCAAGGUAGACGCAGGAUACCCACCAGGCAUCGGAGUUAAGAACUCAUUGAUCAUGCUUGGUGUUCUUAACUUUAUCGGUAUGCUCUUCACCUUCCUUGUCCCAGAGCCCAAAGGCAAGUCCCUUGAAGAACUCUCUGGUGAGGCUGAGGUUAGCCAUGACGAGAAAUAAUUAUGUAUGUUUAUUUUGUUAUUUGGAGUGCGAUGUUUGGUUUUGUUUUCAUUUUAUUGGCUCGUUGACCUUAAGUUAUGAUGUUAUAAGAAUAUUUAUGAUAUCAUUUAAAUCUUGUCUAAUAUUUCGAAAUCGACUCACUAUUCUGG